AUGGCAAGCAUCAUUUUGGGCUCCCAAUGGGGAGACGAGGGCAAGGGCAAACUGACGGACCACCUCCUCUCGACCGAUGCGUACGACAUCUGCGCCCGUGCCGCCGGCGGCCACAAUGCGGGCCACUCGAUCAAAACGGGAGGCCAGAGCUUCAGUUUUCACCUGUUGCCGUCAGGUCUGGUGAACCCAAAGACGGAUAAUUUGAUCGGAUCGAGCGUGGUGUUCAACCUCGAGGCAUUUUUCAAGGAGCUGUCAGAGCUCGAGGCCAAGGGCGUGCCCAACGUGCACGAGCGCAUCCACGUCAGCUCGCGGUGCCACCUCAACUUUGCUCUGCACGCCGCCGUCGACGGCUUGUCAGAGGUGCAGCUGGGCAAUGCGAUGAUCGGCACGACCAAGCGCGGCAUCGGCCCGUCCUACAGUACCAAGGCGUCGCGCGACGGCCUGCGCGUCAUCGACCUCUACAGCGAUUCGUUUGAGCGCAAGCUGCGCAAGCUGGCCGGCGAGUACCGCCAACGCUACGGCGACCUGCUGCAGUACGACGUCGAGGCCGAGCUGCGCCUCUACGCCGAGUCCAAAGACCGGCUGCGGCCCUACAUUGUCGACGCCGUCGAGUACAUGCGCAACGCCCAGGAGACCCAUAAGAAGGUCCUUGUCGAAGGCUCGCAGGCCCUGAUGCUCGAUAUUGACUACGGCACGUAUCCCUACGUGACAUCGUCCAACACCGGCCUCGGUGGCUGUAUCCAGGGCCUCACGCUCAACCCCACCUUUAUCAAAGACGUGAUUGCUGUCACGAAGGCUUACACAACACGAGUUGGCGGCGGUCCGUUCCCGACGGAGCAGCUGAACGAGGUUGGCACUAAGCUUCAGGACAUCGGUGGCGAGAUUGGUGUCUCGACUGGUCGCCGGAGACGAUGCGGCUGGCUGGACCUUGUGGUUCUCAAGUAUUCGACUGCGGUGAACCACUACACCAUGAUUAACCUGACUAAGUUGGAUGUGCUGGACACAUUCCCGAUCAUCCGCGUGGCCACGGCCUACAUCACGCCCGAGGGCGAGAAGGUCACGACCUUCCCUGCCGACCUCAACGAGCUGGAAAAGUACACGGUCGAGUACGUCGACUUUGAAGGCUGGCAGACGUCGACAAAAGGCCUGCGGUCGUGGGACGAGCUCCCAUCGAAGGCAAAGAAGUAUAUUGCGCUGAUCGAGUCGUUUAUCGGCGUCAAGGUGGUCUAUGUGGGAACAGGGCAGGACCGCGAAGACAUGAUCAUCCGGUCAUGA